UCUACCAAACACCAAACACAUCCAACAAACACCCCUCUCACCCCACCCCCUCAACAAAACUCUCCCCAAUAUGUCCCCAUCCACAUACCAAGGCCCCCGCCGAAUAGGCCAAUGGCUCUACCUGCGCCCCACCUCCAUCGAAGAAUACAAAGCCUGCCACGCAGCAGUCUGGCCCGAAGUGCUCGAGCAAAUCAAAGACUCCAACGUCGCAGACUACUCCAUCUUCCUCUCCCUGCACCCUCGCCCAACGCUCUUCGCCUCGUUCAAAUACACCGGCACAGCUUUCGACGAGGACAUGGCGCGCAUGGCGGCGAACCCGAAAGUGCAGGCGUGGUGGCGCAUGACGGAUGGGAUGCAGGAGUCGCCUGUUGCGGGGGCGGAGGGGAGUGCUACGGGGCCGGGGUGGUGGGGGGUUACGGAGGAGGUUUUUUAUGUGGAGUGA